AAACUCUACGAAGUGAUCGAGUCCGACCGCCACGUCUACCUCGUGAUGGAAUUCGCUGCAAACGGUGAGCUCUUUGAGUACCUCGCGUCGAACGGUCGAAUGCGUGAGAAGGAUGCCCGCAUCAAAUUCCGCCAAAUCGUUUCCGCUGUGCAAUACUGCCAUCAGAAGAAUAUCGUUCAUCGAGAUCUCAAAGCAGAGAAUUUACUGUUGGAUGCAGACUUUAACAUCAAGCUGGCAGAUUUCGGUUUCUCCAACACUUUCCGAGCCGAUAAGAAACUGGACACCUUUUGUGGCUCCCCGCCUUACGCUGCACCGGAACUUUUCCUGGGCAAGAAGUACAUUGGUCCUGAGGUGGACGUGUGGUCCCUAGGGGUCAUUCUCUACACAAUCGUCGCUGGCUACCUCCCAUUCGACGCCCAGAACCUCCGGGAUCUGCGUGAGAGGGUACUGCGCGGCAAAUAUCGAAUUCCUUUCUUCAUGUCAACCGACUGUGAACUCCUACUCAAGAAGAUGCUCGUUCUCAAUCCCGAGAAGCGCUACUCCCUCCUUGUGAGUUCCUCCUCCUCAAUGGGCGGCCAUGGCCCCUUUCUUUGCAGAGGCGAAUAUUGUAAUGUGAUGGGGGACAAGUGGACAAACAUUGGAAUGGAUGACACUCCCCUUCAGCCCUACCAAGAACCCCCUGCCGACUACAAUGAUCCUGUCAGACUGAGGAAAAUGGAGGAGAUGGGAUUCGCAUUGGAGGAAAUAAAAGACUCCCUGGAGAACAACAAAUUUAACAACGUGACUGCCACGUACUUCCUUCUUGGCACUGAUCGAACCGCUCCGUCCUCUUCAUCCUCUCCCACCGCCGCCACCGCCACCACCACCACCACUGCUGCUACUACCACUGAAAGCAAAGAUGGGGAGAAGAAGGCCACCAUCUCCUUCGGUGUCGCGCCGGCAGCGAGCAAGAGCUCUUCCACGGCUUGCACCAAUUGUGAUUCUUCAGCUGAAGCUCCUGAUACCCCCCAAGUGCUGGUGUCCUCCACUUCUGUGCGUAGGAAGGAUUCGUCGACAACUACACAACGGGCGAAUGGAUCUGCUGGUGUGUCCACCUCAGCAUCGGCAGCUCCUCCAUCCACUGAAAAUAAUUCCACUUCAGAAUCUUCUCCUUCCGCCACUGCCGCCAAAGCCAAACACCCACAACAGCAGAAGUCUGGUUGGCCUCAAAAGAUAGAGGAUACUGCUACAGGAGAUUCAGGAACAGCAACACCUGGAGGAAUGCAUUUUGACAAACCGAAGAUCUCAGCCACAGGUUCUGCUGCUCCUGCAAUCGCGAUGACACGAUUCGAUGCUGCUGCUGCCCUCACGACAACCGCGAAGAAGGAGCGUUCUCCGGCCACUGCCAUCAAAAACAGUUCAACUAGUACUGGCGUCCGGCGGACUCGGACCUUCACUUCUGCGGACAAGAGGCGUAGUGCAGCUGGUAUUGCUGCAAGUGAUAACGACUCCUCAAAAGCCCUUGUUCGAGCUCCUAACAUGGAUAACAUUGUCGAUGAGAUUGAUAGCGUCCUGCUAGAGGAGGUAGUGCUUCAAGUGGAUGAAGAUGCGUCUGGAGUUGACAAGCACGAUUCUGGCAGCGGUUUGGACGUGCUGGUUGACGGAGGAGGAGGAGGAGGAGGAAAGCAUCCCUUCUCAACUACUCGUCCCGCUGGUUCUGCUGAAAUUCGUCGUCUCACCUCCACCAAUGUCACAGCCACCCUUCCCAGCCAAUCUUCUCGUGACAGCGCCUCUAACACCCUCAAACGCCACGAUUCCUUGACGAAUCAUGAGGGGGAUUGUCAUGACGAGUUGAGUGCUAUCAGCGAUAGCUGUGCUGCCGUCGGUGGGAAAGUCAAUCGGGAGACGACAGGAUCGGCUCUUUUCUGUGGGAGUAUGUCGAGGAAGAAGGACCGGGAGAACAAGAAGUUGCCACAGCAAUCAACAAUUCGUUUUGAAGCGGCGGACACAGUGCUCUCCGGAGCCCCACCCAACACCGUUCCGGCCUUCAUGCGAGGUGCGCCCGAUCGGUCCACAGCGCCACCUUCCCGCGUCACUCGCGAUCGCAAAGCCGCCGCCGCUCUCGAACCCGCGCUGGAACAUUCUCAGCGAUUCCGCCCUCCUAACACUCCUCUUCAACGGCAGUCUACUGAAGAUAGUCAUGAUGUUGAUGAUGAUGAUGGUGGUGGUGGUGAUGGGACGGCUGAAUCGCCAGUCCGGGUGACAACGAAACCAACUGAGUACCAUUCCGCCGCCUCCUCGUUCUCUUUUCUCCGAUCUGUCUCCUCUCGACUCAGCAAAAGCUUCCAUCGCAAAAGAAAUCGCUCGCAUUCGAGGGCAACACCAAGUCGAGGUCCACCAGCGGGUAACGGCGUAGACGAGGCCUUCGCCUCCUCCGGGAGACAGGUUUCAGUAGCCGAUGGCUCUCCUUUGCCUGCCCACCAGAGAGCGCAUUCUACCGCUGAGAGGAAACAUCACCACAACACCACCGGCAAUGCUGUCUCUGUGGAUGAUCCCUGGAGUCCCAUGCUGCCUGAGCGUGGCCGACUUGAAGAUUUGAACAACAGUUUGGAGCCCCUGCUACCUGCCUGCUUUGACAAGAAACCUCGUAAUAUUUCCAUUUUUUCGGGCACUUGGCGGAAAGCAGCGGCUUCGUCUCACCAUUCCUCCUCCACGACCUCCCAAUCAGAAAACACCUCCAACACAGAUACCACCAAUGCGUCCCUCUUUGGAUCCAAUCCGGACCGGCUGAUGAAUCAGUUGAUUUCCGCGCUCAACACCUCACGCAUCCACUUUGCCCGACCUGGAAAGUAUCUCCUUCAGUUUGUCUUUUCUCCACCACCCUCUGCCGGCUGCAAUUCAACCUCUGCUGCUGUUGCUGGCCCCACAUUGGAACUCACAGGUGGAAAAGUGCGUCAGAGGGUACGAGUGAUGGCUGAAGUGUGCCAUGUCUUUGGGACAUCCUCCUACGUAACACGUUUCAAACACCUCUCCCCAAACAAUACUCCCACAUCUUCAACAGACGAUUUUAAAGCCGUCACUCAGAGUCUCGUUCGUCUCGUACGAACCUCCUCCCCUUCCACUUAG